AGUAAACAGGGAAAGUCACUGUGGAAAUGGUUAUAAACGCAUGGGACCAUCAAAGCCAAUCACGUGAGAGAAUGAGGAAGUGGGAGGAGGAGGAUGCCCAGGGAAAUCCGGUUGUUCUCACAACACCACACUGGGGCCCUGAGUGGAUGAGAUUGGACAGCAAAGAUGCUAGCCAGAGACAGAUUGGGAGAAGCUGAAGAUCCCUCGGCUGUUAUAUUUGAUGGUGGCUCCAGAUUCUUCAAAGUAGGUUUUGGCGGAGAACAGUCCCCCCGCUUUGUUUUCCCAUGCAUGGUUGGGCGCUACAAAAGGCAGAAUGUGAUGCGCGGAAUGGACGCAAGGGAUACUUUCAUUGGCAAUGAAGUCACUGAGAAGCGUGGAAAGCUCACAGUGAAAUAUCCCGUUGAACGUGGGAUAAUCACCAACUGGGAUGACAUGGAAAAGAUCUGGCAUCAUGCUUUCUACAAUGUGCUCCACAUAGACCCAGAAGAACAUCCCCUCAUGGUGACUGAGACCGUCACCAACCCAAAGGCCAACAAAGAGAAAUUAAUGCAGGUUAUGUUUGAAACCUUUAGAGUUCCAGCUUUGUAUGUAGCACUCCAGGACGUUUUGUCCCUUUUCUCUUCAGGCCGGACCACUGGACUCGUGGUGCAUUCUGGGGAUGAAGUGACCUACAGUGUGCCCAUUGAUGGUGGCUACAUCUUGCCUGAAGCCAUCACCAACCUGGAGAUAUCAGGCCAGGACCUCUCUAUGUACCUUACGAAGAUUCUUACUGACAAAGGCUACUCCCUGAGCACCCUGGCUGAAUGGGAAAUGGUCAGAGCCAUCAAAGAGAAAUUGUGCUACGUGGCUUUGGACUACAUAGAGGAGAUGCACACUGAAGAAUCCUCCAUACAGAAGAAAUAUGAGCUCCCUGAUGGAAGAAUCAUUACCAUGGGCAGGGAGAGGUUCCACUGUCCUGAGGCUUUGUUCAAACCAUCUAUGUUGGGGGUCACAUCUCCAGGUCUUCACAAAAGCAUACACGACAGCCUUCUGAGAUGUGAUUUUGAAAUAAGGAAGAUCUUUUAUGUGAACACGAUCCUUUGUGGAGGCAACAUGUCAUUCCCAGGCAUGAGUGAGCGUGUGGCGAAGGAAAUCAAGACCCAGGCACCCCAGAUGACUAAGAUUAAGGUGAUUGUGCCAGCAGAAUGCCGCUUCUCUUCCUGGUUUGGCGGCUCCAUCCUCACCACUCUGAAUUCAUUUCAACACAUGUGGAUCUUUGAUUAUGAAUAUGAGGACUUUGGCCCUUCCAUUAUCCAUCGUCGAUGCUUCUGAGUUUGGCCCUCCCCCUCCCCCUCCCCCUUCUCAUCCUCAGGGAGUCAUCAAUAAAAAACUGGGGUGCCAACAC